CGAACACGGACCUGUCUCUCUCCCUGUCUCUAUCCUUCUCGCUCUCGCUCCGCGCCUGUCCGCGUUGGUAUGGUUAGGGGGUCGUUGAGUGAUUCGACCUGCUGGAGGACAUCGACCCCGUCUGGAACGAGACCCCGCUAUGGAAGCGGGCGAGCAAGGAGUUAGGCAAAGCGCGUUUCCACCUGCGAACGGCCCUGAACAUUUCGACGGACGACCCAGAGACGGACCGACCAUGGCUGCCACAUUGGUCAGCCCGAGCGCCCCGUACCACCACCGCCCGCACCACAACUCUUUUUCCUCGGGCUAUCCUCACUCGGCGCCGCCCACGAGCAUACCAGGCAUGAUUUCCCCCGUCGAGCCGCGGCGAGCCUCAGACGAAUCCGAGCCUGGCCAUUCUCACCGACAGUCGCUGCCCUCCCUGCCGUCCAUCUCCGAGGUGUUUUCGGACAGAAAGCCCCUGGCCUACGGUCCUCCGCCAUCUUCGGCCCCGAUGCCCCCUGCCCAGAGCCUACCGUCACCCUUCAGCGCAACCGCGCCACCCAGACCGUUUGCAGAUGUUGCGAGUCCGGACAAGACCACCUCGCCCAGGGCGCUGCACCCCGCGCCCUCUACCUUCCCGUCGCGUACCGAAGCCCUUCCCGCUUUUUCGGACCCAGCCCGGCCCCCGCUGGCCAGCAGGCCUAUUCCCCCCCCGCUGAACACCUUCCCAGGACAACACCCCUCGCCUCCCGUCAAGCUCGAGCACCUCGAAGCGGAGCAGAGGCCCGCGGCUCAACCGGCCCAGCCGCUACCGGGCUUGUACGCCGAGACGGGGAGGCUACCGCCUGGGCAGCUGCCCUUGUCUGCGUAUCCCAUCUCCCCUCGCCAUAGCGGACCCCCCCUCCCUUCGCCAUACGAGGCGCAACGGCCGCCUGUCUACGGGGAGGAGACGGGCUACUCACCACAUCGGCCAUCCGAGUACAAGGCGGAUUUCGACAAGCACUUCCAAACAUACGGCUACCAGGAUGCGCUGCAGAUAAUCAUGAGCUCGUGCCGCACCGGCUACCAUUUUGCCGAGGCGUAUGGGGCCGCGGCGCGGGAACAGCAAGGCUCGCAGCCCAUCCCGUCGAGGAUGCCGACGGAGAACGAAGUGAGCUUGCUGCUGAACAGCCUCAUCCUCGCGCUCAAGAAGCUGGAGGAGGUCCGGGACAUGGUGCAGCAGAAUCGGAUACAGAACGAGCGGGCGCGCGACAGCGGCAGCCGUAAGCCCGAGGACGAGGACAUUUCCAUGUACGGGGACGGGAUCAAGCCGGCGUAUGCGCUGAGCGAGGUCAAGAAGCGGCGCGGUCGCGCGGCUCCUCCCGGACGGUGCCACAGCUGCAACCGCAUCGACACGCCCGAAUGGCGGCGUGGCCCCGACGGCGCGAGAACCCUCUGCAACGCCUGCGGCCUCCACUAUGCCAAGCUGGAGCGCAAACGGCAGCUCGACCAGCGAUCGCUCCGGCCGAAGCCGGCCGACGAGCGGAAAUAAAUCAUCUACCCUCGAGCGGGAGACCGGCCUGUCGCCGACCGAUCAACCCCGCAAACCGAUCUUCGCUUUCUCCUCAAAAGCCGAGAGAGCGUUAUCCGAUCUACCUGC